UAAUACAGCCUUUCCUUUAGGAACAACAAACGCAUAUAAAAAAAAAAAGUCUUUUUGGAUCUACCAACAUGCUUCCAAGGAGUAGAACUCUUCCCCCCAGAAUCAAUAAUGGAGUUAUUGAAGAAAGACAAGACAUUAGGCACUACAUGCAAGUCGAAAUCCAACCCAAGAACACUACAUCAGACAGUGAAUCCAUCAUUCCCUUAGCAAACUAUUCCAAGUGUUUCGACGAUGAUGGUCGUCUGAAAAGAACAGGCACUUUCUGGACGGCGACAUCGCAUAUAAUAACCGCAGUUAUUGGAUCAGGAGUUCUAUCGCUGGCAUGGGCGGUGGCUCAACUAGGAUGGGUGGCCGGACCUGCAGUUAUGCUUCUCUUUGCCUUUGUUAUUCUCUUUACAUCAAAUCUUCUUUCUCAGUGCUACAGAUCGGGUGAUCCAAUCACCGGCCAGAGGAACUACACUUACAUGGAUGCUGUCAAAGCCAAUUUAGGAGGAAGAAAGGUGGCAAUAUGCGGUGCCAUCCAAUACCUGAACCUGUUUGGAACUGCUAUAGGCUACACCAUUGCAGCAUCCGUGAGCAUGAUGGCAAUAAAAAGAGCAAAUUGUUUCCACAAGAACCGGGACAAUCCAUGUCACAUGUCGAGCAAUGGGUACAUGAUAGCGUUUGGAUUCUCGGAGAUUUUACUCUCCCAAAUACCCGAUUUCGACCAAGUUUGGUGGUUGUCAAUUGUUGCUGCUAUCAUGUCUUUUACUUACUCUGCUGUUGGCCUUGCACUAGGCAUUGCAAAAGUUGUGGAAAAUGGGAUGAUUCAAGGGAGCCUAACUGGUAUCAGUAUUGGAUCCAUCACAAAAUCUGGUCAAUUAGUAACAUCUACACAGAAGAUUUGGAGAAGUCUUCAAUCACUAGGAGCCAUAGCUUUUGCUUAUUCUUUUUCUAUCAUCAUGCUAGAGAUACAAGACACCUUAAAAUCGCCGCCAGCAGAGUACAAAACUAUGAAGAAGGCUACUUCGGUUAGCAUUGCGGUUACCACAUCUUUCUACUUGUUGUGUGGAUGCUUUGGUUAUGCUGCCUUUGGAGAUGAUUCCCCAGGGAAUCUUCUCACUGGCUUCGGCUUUUAUGACCCAUAUUGGCUCCUUGACAUAGCUAAUGUUGCUAUCAUAGUCCAUCUCUUCGGUGCCUAUCAGGUUUACUGCCAGCCUUUAUAUGCAUUUGUCGAGAAAUGGGCAGCUCAAAAAUGGUCGAAGAGUGACUUCGUGACAGCCGAAUAUGAUUUACCCAUCCCUUUUGUAUCCGGUGUGUACAAUGUAAAUUUCUUCCGAAUAGUAUGGAGGACUAUGUUUGUGGUGGUGACAACUUUGAUAGCCAUGCUCAUGCCUUUCUUCAACGAUGUGGUUGGUUUACUUGGAGCACUCGGGUUUUGGCCCUUAACAGUGUACUUUCCCAUUCAAAUGUACAUUUCUCAGAAGAAGAUAAGAAAGUGGUCAAGUCGGUGGAUUGCGCUUCAAACACUCAGCGCCACAUGCCUUGUAGUUUCGGUUGCUGCAGCGGUUGGCUCCAUAGCAGGAGUUGUUCUUGAUCUCAAAACUUAUAAACCUUUCAAGACCAGUUAUUGAUGAAAGAAGAUGUUUAAUAUAAUUAGACUAUAUUGGUUGUUAUUAUUGGUUAUAAUAGGCUCUGAGCUUUAUUUAUGUAACAAUUUGAUCUUUCAAUAAAUCAUCUGCUCAAC